UCGAGGCAUUGAAAACUUGAAACUCCUUCAAAUUCUCUGUUUCCUGUCUCUGGCUUUCUUCUUCCAUGGCAACAGCUCCUUCAGCCAAACUCACACCGCUCUUGAAAGAUGAGCUCGACAUAGUGAUCCCCACCAUUCAAAACCUCGAUUUCCUGGAGAUGUGGAAACCCUUUUUCGAGCAAUACCAUUUGAUUAUCGUUCAAGAUGGUGAUCCUUCCAAGAAAAUCAGGGUUCCCAAUGGCUUUGAUUACCAACUUUAUAACAAGAACGACGUUAACAGGAUCUUGGGUCCCAAGGCUUCUUGCAUUUCCUUCAAGGACUCUGCUUGUAGAUGCUUUGGUUACCUUGUUUCCAAGAAAAAUUACAUCUUCACCAUUGAUGAUGAUUGCUUUGUUGCCAAAGACCCAUCUGGGAAGGAAAUCAAUGCGCUUGAGCAGCACAUUAAGAACCUGUUAACACCAUCCACAACCCAUUUCUUUAACACACUCUAUGAUCCAUACAGGGAAGGUGCGGACUUUGUUCGUGGUUACCCUUUCAGUCUCCGAGAAGGUGUCCCCACUGCUGUUUCCCAUGGCCUGUGGCUCAACAUCCCUGACUAUGAUGCCCCAACCCAACUUGUCAAGCCUCUUGAGAGAAAUACUAGUCAGAAUUUGCUGGACUAUCCCUUGAUGAUGAAGAAGAAGAGACCCUGCAAGUACAAGGCGAUUCAGAUCCGGUAUGUUGAUGCAGUGAUGACAGUUCCAAAGGGAACUCUUUUCCCUAUGUGUGGUAUGAAUCUGGCAUUCGAUCGGGAACUCAUCAGACCGGCAAUGUAUUUCGGACUCAUAGGUGACGGACAGCCGAUUGGACGAUAUGACGAUAUGUGGGCUGGCUGGUGCAUGAAGGUUAAAUGUGACCAUUUGGGAUUGGGGGUGAAGACUGGGCUACCAUACAUAUGGCACAGCAAAGCAAGCAACCCAUUUGUGAACCUGAAAAAGGAGUACAAAGGCAUAUUCUGGCAAGAAAAAGCAAUCCCAUUCUUCCAGUCGGUUUCACUUCCAAAGGAGGGUAGCAGUGUUGAAAAAUGUUACCUUGCACUUGCGGGCGAGGUGAAGUCUAAGCUUGGUGAAGUGGAUCCUUACUUCAUAAAGCUAGCUGAUGCCAUGGUUACUUGGAUUGAAGCUUGGAAUAUGGUCAAUUCUCCUGGAGAAAAGCCUGCAAUGACUUCUUUACCCAACGCCACUUCUAAAAAGUAAAAAAGCAUUUUGAUUGAGCAGUACCUUUGUUAUCAUUACCAUCAUUUAUUUGUUUUUUCUUUGACCUUUUGAGACAUUUUCCUCCAAUAUUUCAUGCGUUGGGUUGUUGUUCAACAGCAAUUGUUUUAGUUUUAAUACAGCAAGGUGAAUUUGAAUCUCUCAUUAUUUUGAUCA